AUGGCUUCCAAUGCGAGCUUAUUGGCCAUGAUCAUGGCAUACACGCUCCUCGCCGGCCACACGUGCCAUGGCGCACGAAACUUGGCGGAUACCACCCCGGCGGCUGCUCCUGCUGCUUCUGUUCCUUCUCUGCCGGCCGCGCCGACUUUGCCGACUCUGCCACCGGUGCCGGCCGCGACACUGCCGCCAGUGCCGGCCAUGCCCGCGGUGACCGUGCCACAGGCGACACUGCCGCCCAUGCCAUCCGUGCCCGCCGUCACCGUACCCACCGUGCCGCAGGUGACAUUGCCGCCCAUGCCAGCCGUGCCUGCCGUCACCGUCCCAACUGUGACGCUGCCGCCUAUGCCCAACAUCGUCGUGCCCACGGUGACGCUCCCGCCGAUGCCCUCCAUCGUCGUGCCGAAGGUGACGCUGCCGCCGAUGCCCUUCAUCCCCAACGUGAACGUGCCCAUGCCGUUCCUGGCGCCGCCCCCUUCAGCGUAG